AAUUUGCACAUGAUCGACAAUUAUGUCUUGCUUUGUUAUUAUAUUUCUCUUUAAUAUUUUCCAGGUCCAUUGUUUAACCUCUGCCGAUGAAACUUUUAGGUUUCAAAACAUUGAAAACCAACUGACAGGACAGUUAUUUCAGUUAGAAAAGAGGUUAAUUUCGUUAAAGAACGAGCAUUCUGAGAUAUCAAAAUCAAGAGAUGCCUUGAAAAAUAUUGUUUACAGUCAGAAGGAAGAGAUUAUAGCCCUGAACAGUCUAAUUGAUAAGCUCGACUUUCCCGAAAAUCAGACGAAACUUAAGUAUGGACCUGUCACGCAGUCGGAAAUUGACAAUAGCGAUGGUAGAAAUACAAAGCGACGUAUCAUUUAUCCUCGACAGUCAAGAUUGAAUUCUCCAGCGUUUUAUGUUUAUAUGUCGACAAAUGAAGCAAGCCCAGGACCGCAUCAUACACUAAUAUUCAACAGCGUCAUUACAAAUAUAGGCAACGCGUACAACCAAUACUCUGGUAUCUUCACAGUGCCUACAAACGGGGUGUACGUGCUUUCAUACACCAUUACGGCAGACACUAGUUCCAACAUUCCAGUCGAAAUCGUCAAAAACGCAGGUAUAAUUGGCUCACUGUUAACAAGGACAUACAGCAACUACAAACACAGUGUGUCAUCGACCGUUGUUGUGAACAUGAAUGCUGGUGAUGUGUGUUAUGUCAGAACAAGCGGAUCAGGUGCCACUGUAUCUGGUAGUAUUUCCAGUGGUACUGAAGCGAGAACUUCGUUUACAGGCUGGCGCAUUGAGUAAAUUUUUAAAUGACAUGUGUUUGUUAUGUUUUGUUAAUGAAUCACAAUUCGAAUUUAUAAACAAAGAUCUAUCUGAUGUAAAA